AUGGCAGAAGCAUUGCAAGACCUGCUGGGCAUUGAGCAGAAAGUUGAUGCCACAACGUUGGAUUACAUCUCAUACCUGGCAGGACAGCCCGUCGAUGCCCUACGGUCGUCAGAACGCCAGCUUCUCUCACAGGCGUCCAACUCGGCCCUGCUCUCCAUCCAAAGCCUCUCCAAGAAGUCGUACAAGGCCGUCGUUGGCUCAGCUGACAGCCAUGCGUCUUUGCGAGAGUCAAUUCCCGCCCUGUCGGGCAACGCGGUGCAGCUGAGCCGGCUCAUCUCCAACCUGGACUCGCAAGUCGAGCACUUUUCCACCAGCGUCAGCAAGGCUGGCGACAACAAGUCGAUUGCGCGGCGGAAGCAGGUGCUGAAGCUGCUGGAAAACGCCGACCGCCUGACGGAUCUCAUGCAAGUGCCUACUCUACUGUCGUCUACCGCCAACAUUUCCCCCCUUGGCUUCUCAUCCACGCUGGACUUGUAUGGCCAUAUUCGGCGGCUUGGAGCUCUGUAUCCAAACUCGCAGCUUGUCUCUGACGUCUUGAGGGAGUCUGAAGCUUCUAUUCAUCGGCUUGCUACUGAUCUCGUCAACACCCUCAAGGCGCCGAAUCUGAAGCUUGCUGCGACGCUGCGCACGGUAGGGUGGCUUAAACGUGCUAUCCCCGACCUCGUCUCUUGGGCACCAGCACAGGACAUGAUCCCGGCUGUUUUCUUGAUAUGUCGUUUCAUCACACUAGCUGCCACUCUUGAUGCGCUGGAGCCUCUGCGGCUACUGGCAGAAGAUGAACGACUCAGUCAAGCAAAGCCUGGACAGUCGCGGCCCAGCGGCCAGCAUACAGAACGAUUCCUGAAGCGUUUCAUUGAAGUUUUCCGAGAACACAGCUUUGGCAUUGUCUCCAUGUCUAAGAGCGUAGACACAAACCUGGGAGGCACAGGGCCCGAUAGUCUUGAUCUUCUUCAUCCUCUGCCUUCAGCGCUAUCUACGUUCCCCAUCCACCUGGUCAACAUGCUGCUUGAGCCACUUCGCAUCUAUCUGCCUGUUGUCAAGGAUAAGGUUGCUCGAGAAAGUAUCCUAACUCAAGUGCUCUACUGUGCCGGCAGCUUGGGUAGGCUAGGCGCUGACUUUGGCAUGCUGUUAGCCAUGAUUGGGGUCACUGAGUGGGUGGAUUUGGUUAAGCGCCAUAGGCUCCUCGCAGGGCGACUGGAGUCUGUUAUCGGCGAUUACCGGUAA